UGCAACACUCGUAACGCAAGAAGUGCUUUGAAAAAAAGCAUAAUUGAGAAAGAAGGGCCUUUUGUAAAUGAUGGCCAGUCCAAUAGCUUUCUACUUUUCCAUUAGCUUCCUCUCCUAUGUUUCUCUUUUCUUUCUUCUCUGCUCCUCAAAGAAUGGCUAUGCUUUGGGUGGUGGAGAGAGAAAGACUUUGCAAAGGUACUUUCAUACAGUUCAAGUCAACUCUCUUUUACCAGUUUCUGUUUGCAGCCCUUCUACCAAAGAUAAGAGGAAUGGAGCGUCACUGAAAGUAGUUCACAAGUACGGUCCAUGCUUUCAUCUAAAUGAACAUAAUACAGAGAGUGCUCCAACAGUGACUGAGAUCCUCCGUCGUGACCAGUCUCGAGUCAACUCAAUCCAGUCUCGUCUCAGACGAAACAGUCUAAAAGAGUCCAAGGCCACGACCAUUCCGGCGAACUCCGGCAAUUCAAUCGGCACCGGAAACUACAUCGUGAGAAUCGGACUCGGAACCCCGAAAAAAGACCUCACCCUCAUCUUCGACACCGGCAGCGAUUUCACCUGGACUCAAUGCCAGCCAUGUUUCGGGUCCUGCUAUCAACAACAAGAUCCAAUCUACGAUCCUUCUCUCUCAUCCACAUACACCAACAUCACUUGUAGCUCCCAGCAGUGCUCUCAACUCUCCUCCGCCACCAGCUUCGAUCCUCGUUGUUUCACCAACACCUGUUUCUACGGCAUCGAGUACGGCGAUUCGUCAGUCUCUCAAGGCUUCUUUGGAUCCGAAACUAUCACAUUGACACCCUCCGAUGUUUUCCCCAAUUUCCUCUUCGGUUGCGGCCAAAAUAACACUGGUCUCUUCGGCGGCGCCGCCGGAUUGAUCGGACUCGGCCGAGAUCCAUUGUCUCUUGUCUCACAAACAUCUUCCAAAUACGGAAAUUACUUCUCCUACUGUCUUCCUUCAACAACGAGCUCCUCCGGAUACCUAACCUUCGGAAACGGAGGAGGAAGCUCCAAUGGAUCAUCUCUGCAAUUCACUCCACUGUUAUCGAACUCGCAAGCUUCGUCGUACUUCUUCGAUAUAAUCGGAAUCAAAGUCAGUGGCCAGACAUUAUCGAUCUCAAAAUCGGUGUUCGAGACCGCCGGUUCGAUAAUCGAUUCCGGCACCGUCAUAACUCGCCUCCCUCCGGCGGCGUACGAUGCAUUGAAAACGGCUUUCCGGGAUCAGAUGAAGCAAUAUCCAAUGGCUCAAGCUCUGGGAUUAUUCGAUACUUGUUACGAUCUGAGCAAGUACAACUCUGUGGAGAUUCCGCAGAUCAGCUUCUUGUUCGGCGGCAACAUCGAGGUUCCUCUAAUCGCGAACGGGAUAAUUUACGCCGUAAGUGCGUCACAGGUCUGCUUGGCGUUCGCCGGAAACAGCGCCGCCUCCGACGUGGGCAUUUUUGGGAAUGUACAGCAGCAGACUUUGGAUGUGGUAUAUGAUGUUGCAGGAGGGAAGCUAGGGUUUGGCUCUGGAGGGUGUUCAUAAUAAGCUUGACUUGCAUGAGAAAGAAAGAGAACCACAAAAUAAUCAUGCGCUGUAUUAUAAGUGCGAUUUUUAAAAUAUAUCACGCCGUGUAAUUGGUAUGUAAGUCUAAAAGUUAGACCCGAAUUUAGUGAUGUGUCAACAAAUUAUUAGUUGAUAAUUAAAUAUUUUUUAAUUAUUAAUCAAUUAUUUUCUUAACAUGCCA